AUGGCGGCUGGCGACAAGGGGCAGAGCUCAUGGCUGGUUUGCGCGGCCUGUACCUACCCGCUCGUCCGCGUUGAGGAGCUGAUCGAGGAAAAGUUUGAAUGCCGGAAAGACGUUUCGUGGAGCUACGAGCUGGAUGUGAUGGAGCAGCAGAUAUGGUGCUAUUCUGCAACCAACGCCCACGACCACAGGUUCGAUGUGGUCCGAGUGCUUCCGACCGGCUUGAGUCGUAGUCUGGCUGUGGAGGGGAAGCCCACUGCAGAGUUUUCGUGGUUUCCGGGCUUCGCUUGGGCAAUGGCCCACUGCUGCCAUUGCAAUCGCCACUUGGGAUGGGCCUUUUACCCGGAAGCUCGGCCAACUAGCGAGGAGCACUCCGAGCAGCCUGCAGAUGCAUCCACGUCUGAACUCGCUUUCUUCGGACUAGUGCUCACGAAAAUGCGGGAGAGCCGCCUGCACGAUUCGACAGUGGAGGACAUCUUCGCGCGGUUGAGGUCACCCCAGCAACAAGGUUCGAGCACGCUACGCUCGCUGAGACAAGCCUUGAGACCAAUGUUGCUGACAUAUUUAUCCCGUCAACUCGCCGCGAAUUGA